AUGCCGCCAUCAACGCAGGCCCGCAAAAGGGGCCGAAGUCGGGCGUCGCCGAGCUUCAGGGGGCGCAAGCGGCAGAAGCGGCUCGAUGCCAUCGUCGACCGGGCCCCUGCCACGCCGCCUUCCGCCGCUGAUACUCUCCGCCGUAGCUCCCGUGCCCGCCGGGCACCCGAAGUCCUUGACUCGUCGCCUGUGCCUUCUUGUCGAACGAGACGCGGUGGUACUGCUCGCAAGUUUAAGAAGGGGGAGCGCGGAGUGAUGAGCAAGGAUGGAUUGAAGGAGCUCGCUUUGGGUGUUUCUGAAGUGGAGAUUAGAGAUUCUGAGCCGGUUUCUAGGGUUUGGUCGGCGAGGUUGCGAUCGAGGGCUGGACUUAAACUAGAGUUGGGGGAGAAUUCGGAGAGGAAUGAUGAUAAUGGUGAGCCUGGACUGCGGGCUUCUGGUUCCACCAGGAGGAGGAGGAGGAGGAGGAGGAGGAAGAAGAGGAAGAUGGUUUCUGGGGAUGAGGAUAAUCAGGUUGACAUCUUUUUUAUUAAGAAUGAUGAAGACGAUGGUGGCGAGAAAGAGGAAAGUAAGCCAGAAGUAGAAAUUGAGGCAAUCCCUGAUUUGCCAAUGGCUAUUGAGCCCGAGGCUGUUGAGCCAGAUAAUAACUUGCCUGAGGUUGUGGAGCAAGACGACACAGGGGAAGAAGCUGGUUUUGCUGGUCAAGAAGACCUACAAGAAGCUGAGGCUGAUCAAUUGAUUGUGGAAGAGCAUUCAGACAAUGCCAUUGCUGAUGUUCAUGUAGAUGCCAAAACGGGGGAUGAUGAUUUCAGUAGCAAGAUGUUGGAAAGUGAGGAUAUCCACCUGAUGAGGAUAUGUUCAAAGAAAGUGAUCCUAAAGCCACCUGAUGAUAUUGUUGAUGUGCCACGGGUGAAAGAAGGCAGGAGGUGUGGGCUGUGUGGGGGAGGGAUUGAUGGUAGACCGCCAAAGAAACUUGUUCGUGAGUCCACUGAUAGUGAUAAUGAAGCAUACGAAGGAUCCUCUGUCUCAGAGGAGCCAAACUAUGACAUAUGGGAUGGGUUUGGAGAUGAACCUGGAUGGCUUGGUAGGCUUUUGGGACCUAUACAUGACCGUUUCGGAAUUGCUCGUGUCUGGGUUCAUCAGCAUUGUGCCGUGUGGAGUCCUGAGGUUUACUUUGCUGGUCUGGGAUGCCUGAAGAAUGUCAGAGCUGCACUUUGCCGUGGUAGGGCAUUGAAAUGCAGCCGUUGUGGCAGACCUGGGGCAACUAUAGGCUGUCGCGUGGAUCGAUGCCCUAAAACCUAUCAUUUGGUCGUCCGAGCAGAUGGUUGUAUAUUUGAUCAUCGUAAGUUUCUCAUAGCUUGCCCUGAUCAUCGGCAUUUCUUUCACCCUCAAGGAGGUGAUUAUGCUCAACAAAUUAGGAAAAUGAAAAUUAAGAAGUUUAAGAUGGAUUUGAGGAAGCUUUCAAAUGAUGCUAUGUGGAAAGAUUUAGAAUCUGAAGAGAAAUGGUUAGAAAAUCGUGGAGAAGAUGAAGAGUUCUUGAAACGUGAAAGCAAAAGGCUUCACAGAGAUUUGGUAAGAAUAGCACCUGUUUAUAUUGGAGGUUCUUCUGAAAAUAAGUUAUACCAAGGUUGGGAGUCUGUGGCUGGUCUUCAAGAUGUCAUUCAGUGCAUGAAGGAAAUUGUGAUGAUACCUCUUUUGUAUCCUGAGUUCUUCAGUAAUCUAGCUCUUACUCCUCCAAGAGGAGUUCUUUUGCAUGGGUAUCCAGGUACAGGAAAAACUUUGGUUGUACGAUCACUGAUUGGUGCAUGCUCUCGAGGUGAUAAGAGAAUAGCAUAUUUUGCUCGUAAAGGUGCUGAUUGUUUGGGUAAGUAUGUUGGUGAUGCUGAGCGUCAGUUAAGACUUCUUUUUCAGGUGGCUGAGAGGUCUCAGCCAUCUAUCAUCUUCUUUGAUGAGAUUGAUGGGUUAGCUCCUUGUCGAUCUAGGACUCAAGAUCAGACACAUUGUUCAGUUGUCUCAACUUUGCUUUCAUUAAUGGAUGGGCUAAAGUCUCGAGGAUCAGUUAUUGUAAUAGGUGCUACGAAUCGUCCAGAUGCUGUUGAUCCUGCUUUGCGGAGGCCUGGGAGAUUUGAUCGGGAAAUCUAUUUUCCACUACCAUCACUCAAGGAUAGAUCUGCUAUUCUCUCACUUCAUACUCAAAGUUGGCCAAAUCCUUUAUCAGAACCUCUUCUUUCAUGGAUUUCCAGUCAAACUGCAGGUUAUGCUGGUGCUGAUUUGCAGUCUCUUUGUACACAAGCAGCAAUAAAUGCCUUGAAGAGGAAUUGUGCCUUGCAAGAACUGCUGUCUUCUGUGGAAAAGGAAUCUGGUCAGGGCAUGCUUCCUUCCCUUCCAUCAUUUGUUGUAGAGGAGAGGGAUUGGAUAGCAGCUCUUUCAUUUGCUCCUCCUCCAUGUUCUCGAAGAGAAGCGGGAAUGGCUGCAAAUGAUGUGGUUUCUUCAUCUCUCUAUGGCCAUCUGGUUCCAUGUCUUUUAGAACCAUUAUGCCACCUUCUUAUAUUACUUGGCAUUGAUGAUCGUAUUUGGUUACCUCCUUCGCUUUCAAGGGCAUCCAAGUCUGUUAAAAACAUUAUAUUUUCUUCUUUGCUAGAGAAGGGAAUCUCCACUAACUUAUGGCUGUCUCAUCUUCAUCAUUUGAUACAAGAAAUAGAUACUUCAAAGGAGAUAGAAAAAAGGCUUUCUCUCUUUGGCCUGUUAGUUGAUCAAUCAGGAAUCAUGACUUCAUACACAACGGAUGAUUAUGAUAAUAAUCAUGAUGAAUUUGGCUGUGGCAAACCAAUGGAGAAAUAUCUUAGUAAGUGGCACAACACAUCUGGAUUUCGUGCAUUGAUUGCUGGAACCCCCAGAUCUGGUCAACAUCAUCUGGCUAGCUGUCUUCUCCAUACGUUUGUGGGCCAUAUUGAAAUUCAAAAAGUUAAUUUGGCUACUAUUUUGCAAGAGGGGCAUGGAGACAUAAUUCGAGGAUUGACACAAAUUCUCACGAAAUGUUUGCUCAUUGGGCGCUGCAUAAUCUACAUGCCAAGGAUUGACUUGUGGGCUUUGAAUGAAAAUCAUGUGAUAAAGGCUGAGGAGGAAGAACAUAGUCCAAAAUCAUCUGAAUUUUCCUCACCUGGAAUCCAAAACAUGACUAAACAAGCUUCAGAAGCAUGGAAUUCCUUUAUUGAGCAAGUAGGUUCUAUGUGUGCAUUCACAAAUAUAAUUAUCUUGGCCACCUGUGACGUUCGAGAUGAUGAACUACCCAAUCGAGUGCGGCAGUUCUUUAGCAGUGAUGUUUCACAUGAUCAUGAUUAUUUGCCUUCAGAUGCAAUACCAAGAUUUUUUGUACAUGUUGAUGGAAUCUACAAUCAUGAGCUAGUCCUUGAUUCAUCUGCAGCAAAAGUGUCACAAGAUCUUGUUCAGCAAUAUGUGCAAUUGGUACAUUACAAAAGCCAUAUGAUAAAUAAUACUAGUAGUGGCGAUCUAUCUCCCACUGCGGUGGUUAGUCUAGAUGGCCAAAGAGAAAGCAUGGAAAACAACAAAACUACCAGAGUAAAUGCUGCAUCAACACAUCUUGAACAAAGGGCUUCAAAUGAUCAAACUUCUUUCUGGGAUAGCCAAAUUCAUCAAGGACUAAACAAUGAUCAGAGACAGUCUCCAUUGUCUAACAUAAGAAGCAGUGCAGAGAAUGAUGUGCAGCAUCAGAGGCCUGAAGAAUUAUUCCAAAAAACUCUUCCUAUUAGGUUCAUGAAAGGUGGUCCACCUUCAGCAAUCACCAUGUUUGGCUAUCAGAUUCUACGAUGCCCUCAAUUUGCUGAACUGUGCUGGGUAACAUCAAAGUUGAAAGAUGGUCCUUGUGCAGAUAUAAAUGGGCCUUGGAAGGGCUGGCCUUUUAAUUCCUGUGAGAUACAUCCUAGUAGCUCACCUUCAAAGGUUGUGGCUGGAGGAAACUCAGCCAAUCUUAAAGAGAGGGAUUCUGGUCUGGUGAGAGGCUUAGUAGCUGUAGGAUUAUUAGCAAUCAAAGGAGCAUACUCAUCAGUUAGAGAAGUCUCAGCUGAAGUUAGAAAAGUUUUGGAGCUUCUAGUUGGGCGUAUUCAUGAUAAGGUUUUGGACGGGAAAGAGAGAUACCGUUACUUUCGACUUCUAUCUCAAGUGGCUUAUUUAGAAGAUAUGGUCAACAGCUGGGCAUACACAAUCAUCAGUUCACAGCCAGACAACCUGUUGGCAACAUCAAACACUAAACCAUCAGCGUUUGAGGAACAGUUGAAAGAUGAUAAUGCAGGUGGCAGUGCUCUCAUUGGUAACAAUUCUAGAAUGCCAGGGGUUCCUAAAGAAAACUGUAACAUGGUGCAAGAUAGAUCAGAUAAUGGAAGUCCUCAUAAAUUUGCGACCAGUAAUGGUGACUCUGUUAAUUUCAAUGAAGGGUGCAAUCUCUCAAUACCUGAUUCGAAUGCAAGCAUACCAGAAAUUAGGCAUUUCCAACAGCCUUCUCCAUUACCUCCUCCUUCCUCUAACUUACAUCCCAGUUCUUCCUUAGCUGAUGGUGCGUUAGUCAGUGAAGAUGGCAAUUGCAUCUCAGGACUUACACCAUGUGAAGAGGAAGGCCAUGUGAAAGGCCCAUUUAGUACUGAACUGGUGCAAACCAAUAUUCCUACCGAAGGUAGUCUUCCCAACCUAGACAAUUCAAGUUUAGUUGCAGAGUCCUCUUGUAGAGAUAUCAGUGAUAAGCGGAAUGACUUGAGCAGUGUUCCAUCCUCUGAUAAUGCUUCAUUUGUUUCCGAUGAAGCAGUUACAGCUACCGGAUUUACCCUUAGAAAGAAUAAUAAUCUAUCAGGCACUGAAAUUUCAUGUGUCUAUGACUGUUGCUCCCAAUGUGUGCGUACACUUAAUGAGUUGCUUCAUACUAUUCUGUCAGAUUGGUGGAGAUCCACUGGUAGCCAUUCAGCUGUUGAGGACAUCCAUGAUGCAGUGGUUUCAUGUUCUCUAAAUCUUCUGCGAGCAAUUAAAAACUAUGACAAUUCAUCAAAUAGCAUUGAUGCUGAAGAACACCAUCAGAGGGGACAAGUAUGGAGAAAUGCGCUUGAACACUGCACUUGCCACCAGAUUAGCAAUAACCAGCUAAAGAGGAUGCCUUUUCAGCAUAACUCUUUGAGUAAGGUAGAGUUUUCACCAACAGAAUGCAAUUGUCACAGAAAGGAUGAUGUUGAUAAAGCAAAGUUUGAGAGACAACAGCGUUACCAGUCACCAUGUAGAUUUUUUUUCAAAGGAGGCGUAUUGGUCCCUGCAAACCCCCCUGACUCAAUUGUUUUUCACUGCAGAUAUGAGAAACUGUGUGUUUGCUUUAUCACAGAGAUUGUUUCAAUGGUCAAACAACCAAUUGUUUGAUGUUAGUUAUUUGUGGAGCUUAAAUCACAGUGCUUAGUCAAGGGAACACCAGAAUUUUACUUGUCAGCAAUAUGCUUGUCAGGAUACACAUGGAUUUUGUGUUUCUUACCAAUCUAAUUUGGUCCUCUAUAAAAGCAUGGCAGAUGCUCCUAUAUAUAUAUAUAUAUAUAUAGAGAGAGAGAGAGAGAGAGAGAGGUUAUAUGGAUUGACUGCAGUGUCUUGUUUCUCGCAAAGCUUGUAUUCUAGUUUUUGGUUGCUGGCCUUCCAACAUCUUAAUAUACAUACCAGACAAUAAUAAUUCGAGCGGAACUCAUCAGCACUCUGCUCUACAUUCACGGUUUCUUCUGGUGGGGUGCUAUGAGAACUCGCUUACUAUGUUUGCUAGUGACUUCUUUCAGUAUUUGGAGGUACUCAUGAAAUCAAUUUCCUGAAUUAUAUAUUUGCUCUCUUGCUGAUCCAACAUGCAAAUGACAAGCUGCCAGCCAAGACACAUUGAUACAUAUUUGUUAUUAUUCAGAUUUUAGAUGUUGGAGAGUUUUUCAUAUAACAAGACAUUGUUAACUAUACUCUUCUGCUUCAUAUCUUCUGCUGUGACACCAAACAUCAAAUAGUCCUGUUGCUCUGUAUCAUCUCUUCUCCAGCAUUUGUUAUAAAUUGAUGCUUAUGUUUCCGAUGGUAAUUUCUGCCGGAGCAUUCUCUUUUUGCAGCCAGCUGGGUUUUCUUCCGUCGAGAAUCUCAUCGUCAUGGAUGCAAAUUCAAGCAAUUGCUUUCGUCUAGCUAUGUAACAUCCCUGUGUGUAAUGUUGUAUCAUUUUGAGAGUGGAAGCAGAAAGCUAUGACAGUAUGACCUGAAGUUGCGUGUACAGACUUAUCUAGAAAAUGGUUGGAGAAAAUUUUGCUUAGAUAUACUUGAACAAGAAUGAUGUUUUUUAACAAAAUGAGAGUGUUUAAACUCUGUUUUGA